UCAGCCCAGGAGGAGACACACACUUGCUUGGGGGCAACGGCCGGUGAGUGGGGCCUGGCUCCUGGGAGCCUCACUGAGCUCCAAGAUUCUAUCUGGUAUUGUGAGAGUGACUCUGGGGUGGUGGUGGCACUUGGAACAAAGCAGGAGCCCUUUGAAGGAGACGGGUGUUUUCAAGGCAGGAAAUGCUCCGUGAGGUGAGCAGGGUCUUGUUUUGCCCUGUUGUCUUGCUGUGGGGCUCCUCUGGCUUAACUGGUAAAAAGUCAGACAUUAUGGGCAUUGAAUAGCAAGUGGGAGGAAACCUUGGUAAACUUCAGAGUGCGGCCAGUGCUUGCUGGGGUGUGUGUGUGUGUAGGGGUGCUGCUCAGACUCACACGAUGGAUGGAUAGGAUAGACAGUGGGUGACUCCUGUGACCCCAGGGAAGCCCAGGAGGGGCAUGGGUCCAAGGCUGACCCCAUGCAGGGGUGACCCCACAAAAGGCACCUCAGGCAAUGGGGUACAGCCCAGUGUAGGGCAGGGAUGAAGCCACCUUAGAAGGCUGGUAGCCUGAGGGCAGGCAGAGUCACAGCAGCAGUGGUGGUACAACCUGAUGUCACUUUAAUUGUGUACAUUGUGCAAGAGGGAUGGCGAUGAGGCCUGAGAGGCCAGGCAUGCUCCAGGAGUUGGGCUCUGUGACCUGUGUGAUUUGUUAUGUGGACAACCAGCCCAUUUCCAUUUGUCCUGGGUUUGAUCAGUGCAGUGGGGAAUGAGUAGCUAUAAGGAGAAAGAAAGGAGGGCCUGGGCUUCCUGAGACCCUGCUGUAGGAAAGAAGCCAGGUGUGGCAGGAGGCAGGGGGAGAUGUAGAGCCCAGCGCUGUGACUCUGAGUACCUCCUCAGACUGUCUUCAUUUCCCUGUCUACAAAGCGGGAUCGGAGUUGUACCAGAGUCACUGAGGUUCAACACCAGCACAGCUCAUCAGCUAUUCAGAUUUGUCCUCCCCAAUGCCCAGAAUAUUCUUUGCCAGCCAUUCUUUACAAGAAAGGAAACUGAGGCACAGAGCAUUCUGCCAGCUUGCCCUGAGCUUCCCAGCCUGUGAGUCAACUGGCUGGGUCCGCAUACAAAUUUCUGAGCGGACAACUUGCACAGUGGCUGGGGGUGGGGUGGGGCCAGCUCUGGUGAACAGGGAGGAAGUGGUUUGUCUCAGCUGGGCUUUUGCAGGCGGUUAGAGGCUCGAGUUCCGCUCCUGGGGUGGGAGGCUGACCCCUGGGUACCAGGGACCUGGGAACCACACUGGAGUAUGAGCUCUAUACACCAAGGCCCCGAUUGUGUUCUGUGAGGUUAAAGCUGAGAUGACCUUGUCCUGGGAGGUCUCCCUGAUGUGCGAUGCCUUAAGGUUAUGCCUGGCUCUGCUGCUCUGGGCUCCUGAGGGUAGCCCAUGGGCUACAAGAGUGACUUAGAUCUUGGAUACAUGUGCUGGGAGUUCCCACUGCACCCUCCCUACCUGCCCCAGGUGGGUCCAUCGUGAUUCCCCAUUUACGGAUGGGAAAACUGAGGCUCCGUGGUUAAAAGGCAUGGGUAAAGGGUCAGCUGAAAUAUUGGAUAGAUGUAAAACUCAGAUGACUGGAUUUGUGGAAUGUUUCGGAGGUUCAGAGACAAGCGUGUGCUGAAAACAAUGAACAAAGGCAGAAGAAAGCACAAACCGGUCACUGCAGAUGGCCUGUCCCUGCCUGUCCCUGGACAGGGUGACUGGCAGCAGGCAGGAACCAAGCCAGCCCAGGAAGGAAACAAGAGACGAGGGGGCCUUCAUUCACCACCGACAUUGAGCGCUAGAUCCUCGAGGCUGCAGAUAUUUAUGGGUCCUGGUAGAGGACAAGGGGCCAGUGUCUGGUAGAGGAGACAGGGUUGAAUUUUAUUUUUUCCCCGUGGAUUUUGUGAAUGACAACGAAUAGUGAUGUUUCAUUCGUGGCUGGAACGUUUGUGUUUUUGUGGCUUCUGGAUGAAAUACAUGAAUACAGAAAAGAAGUAUAAAAUGUAAAUAAUGUAGAAAAAUUGAAGACUGAAAAUAAAAGCUAGGAAGUAAAGAAAAUAUGCAGUAAACGUUGUCUUCCUAAAUGGCACCACUAUAAAUUAGCCAGACAAGAGAUUGCCAAGGAAUCCCUUUAAUCUUUGCCGAUAAUCCCAGAGCCCAGCAGGAAGUGACUGUCUACUGUUAGCACCCUUGCAGGAGAGAGUGACGACAUCAGGAAGUCUCUGACCAGCCUCCCACAGAGCCCAGUGAGUUCAACUUUGAGGAUGGAAUUGGGUGAGGGGUCCUCUGUCCCCACAGAAGCCAUCACCCCUGUAGGGGUGCCCAGUGCUGGGCCUGGCAGCUCCUCCAUGGGGAAACUUCGAGCACUCCCCAUCGGGCCUGAUGUCCACCGAGGGGGUCCUAGUAUCUGCGCUGCAGCAGGCGACAGCCCUCUGGGGGAGCCCAGCAGUGGCAUGAAGCUCCCCAACAGAGACAGCGGGAUUGACAGCCCAUCCUCCAGUGUGGCCGGUGAGAACUUCCCCUGUGAGGAAGGCAGUGGGGUCUCCCCAGGCCCUGCCAUGCUGGGACCACACCCCAAAACAGCAGUAGACAGCCAGGCCUCACAGGACACUCCCCAGGAGGAGGCCGACAGUGACAUGGGUGAGGAGACCGUUCCUGAGAAUACCUCCUCAAGGACUGACGAGGACAUCAGCCCAACCCAG